GUUUGUAAUACGCAAUACGUAUUUACAAUAAAUAUAUUUUUCAGGUGAAAGACCGUACAAAUGUCAUCUUCCUGAUUGCGGCCGGGCUUUCAUACAAUUGUCAAACCUCCAACAGCACCUACGUAAUCAUGAUAGUCAGAUGGAGCGAGCAAAAAACAGGCCUUUCCACUGCAACAUCUGUGGCAAGGGCUUUGCUUCUGAAAGUAGUCUUCGAACACACAGAUCGAAGCAACACGCCGCUCUGAUUGGAGGAGCCAAUUCUCAAUCCUGUCCGGUGUGUCACAAAAUCUGUUUGAACGCUGAGGCCUUGAUGGAUCAUAUGCGUACCGCCCACAAGGAUCCUAACGCUUCCGGCACCCCAAGUAAGAGAAAACGGGGCCGAACCCGAUUCCGUACUACUGACUCCAUUCUUUGUGCGACCCCCCACUCAAUCGCAGGGAUCCCCACCGCCAGCAAUGGCAACUUCCCAAGUCCCAGUCCCAGUCCUCACCCAAACAGUGCUGCAAUGAGCUCAGCACCUUCGGCAUCAUUUGGGAAUACGUUGACCAGCACCACAGCAGCAACUCUCAUGUCUCAAAUGGGCAUGAGCAUGGGCCCAUUUGUUAUGCCACAGGUGGUGGGGGCACACCAUGCCUCUUUGAACCACCAUCUCAACCACCCGCAAAGUCAUUUCGCCCACCAUUUAACUGGCCGAUCUCAACCAUCAUUUCUCAAUCUUUAAUGGUCUAUGAUAGCACCAUGAGGUGCAAUAUAAUCAGUAGAUUUGCUUUUUUAUUCCAUUGUUGCUUAUUGUAAUACUUCCUUGCGCACUAAAUACUUACGAAGUACUUGUAUUUUCGUGUCGCUUGAUACAUUCAUCUUGAA